GGCAGCUCAGCAACGGUCGAAUUAGCCAACAAGAUAUCGUUAUCCACUUGUGAUUUGAGAACGUUGCGAGCUCCUCACUUCUUUACCAGAAAAAACGAGAAUAAGACGAACGAGCGCAAAACAAUGGCGGCUUCUCCUUCGUCUCUGCUUCUCCCAAUCGGUUCGGGUUCUGUGAGAAAUCUAUCUGGGAAUCGCUAUGGCAGUUCCUGUGAAAGAGUUCGAGGUCUCAAUGUUCAAUGCUCAAAUUUUGAGCUUAGAGUUAGAGAUUCACGGACAAGAGAUCAGUUCAAGGAUGAUAUAGGUUCAAUUAAGCGUAGGGAUGUUCUUGGGUUAGUUUUUGGAGUUUCAAGCACACUAGUACACUCCUCUGACGCAAAGGGAGCUGGCUUGCCUCCAGAAGACAAGCCAAAGCUAUGUGAUGAUAUUUGCGAGAAGGAGCUUGAAAAUGUACCGAUGAUAAUUACAGAGUCUGGAUUGCAGUACAAGGAUAUUAAAGUUGGUGAAGGCCCUAGUCCUCCAAUUGGUUUUCAGGUGGCCGCUAAUUAUGUUGCCAUGGUUCCAUCUGGACAAAUAUUUGAUAGUUCCCUGGAGAAAGGACAGCUUUAUAUUUUUCGUGUCGGCUCUGGUCAGGUGAUCAAGGGACUGGAUGAAGGGAUUCUGAGCAUGAAAGUUGGGGGGAAACGCCGGCUCUACAUUCCAGGAUCGUUGGCAUUUCCAAAAGGUCUCACUUCAGCUCCAGGAAGGCCAAGGGUGGCUCCAAAUAGUCCCGUAGUUUUUGACGUCAGUUUGGAAUACAUACCUGGUCUUGAAUUGGAAGAGUAGAAGCCCUGUCCAUCUUUUUCUCAAAUUUGUCAUCAGUAUCCACCAAUGUGAGUUACUGCAUUAUGUGCCUUCAUUAUUAACUUCAAUUUUUUUCCAACAUUGUACAAAUCAAGAAGUCCUCUUUUCUUGGUAUGAGAUGUGAAGAUUAAUAUCAAUAAGCUGAACAUCUUUAUUACUAUCAGAAUCCCCUUUUAUUUUA